AUGACUAGAAAAAAGGUGCAACUUGCCUACAUCAUCAAUGAUUCUGCAAGGAAAGCUGCCUUCAGGAAAAGAACGAAGGGUCUGCUAAAGAAGGCGAGCGAACUAAGUACCCUUUGUGGGAUAGAAGCUUGUGUGAUUAUCUACGGUCCUUAUGACGCUCAACCUGAAGUUUGGCCAUCCUUUGCAGCAGCCCAACACGUGCUCUCAGAGUUUAAGAAGAUGCCAAAGAUGGAUCAAAGUCAGAAGAUGAUGACCCAAGAGAAUUUCCUUAGGCAAAGGAUCGCAAAAGCCAACCAACAGCUUAAGAGACAGUGCAGGGACAAUCGCGAGAAGGAGACCACACAAGUCAUGUUCCAAUGCUUGGCUGAACAAGGGCUGGAGAAUUUGAACAUGAUGGAUUUGACUGACCUCAAGUGGUUGCUUGAGCAAAACCUGAAGGAUAUUGACAAGAGGAUUGAUAUGCUUACCAAGGCAUCUCAUUCCCAAGGGUUUGCAACAACAAUCGCAAUGCCAGAAGUGAUGCUGAAGAAUGGAGAAAAGGUGCAAGCGAAGAGUCCAGAUCGUGAGGCGAGCUUGGAAACAGUGCAAAGGCAGCUGUUGAUCAAGGACUUGAUGCACCCACGAGAGCACGUGGAACUUGGUUCGCUACUCCCACUUAGGGAUAACAACCCCACUACUUUUUUCCCCUAA